AUGCGUCAUAACAACGUUAUUCCCAAUGUGCACUAUCACAAGAACUUCAAACGCUGGAUCAGGACGUGGUAUAACCAGCCAGGUAGAAAGCAGAGCCGUAGAAUUGCUCGUCAAAAGGCUGUUGCUGAGGCAGGUUUUAGACCUAUUGGAAUGUUGAGACCAAUUGUCCACCCACCAACCCAGCGUUACAACAUGAAGACUCGUCUUGGAAGAGGAUUCACUCUUGAGGAGCUCUCAGCAUGUGGAAUUAACAAGAAGGCAGCAAUGAGCAUUGGAAUUGCUGUUGAUCAUAGAAGAACUGACUUGUCAGAAGAAACCUUCCAAACCAAUGUUGACCGUCUUAAGAAGUAUAUUAAUGGAAUUGUUCUUCAACCAAGAAAAGGGAAGAAGACCAAGAAGGGCUUUGCUGGUAUUCCGAACGACUCUGCCAGAGAGGAGUUCAAGGCCUUGAAGAAUGUUAGCCAUGAAAAGGCCUUCCCUGUUAAGACCCAACCACUGGCUGUUAAGACUCAUGUUAUUACUUCUGAAGAGAAAAAAUUCAGAGCAUUUUCUACACUACGCAAGCAAUUAAUUGAAGCUAAGAAUUUUGGAAAGAAGUCUACCUCCAAGGCUAAAUCUUCUGCCUAA